UGUGACUGUGCGUGCAUCUCGGACUUAACUUUUUCAUUGUGUAUAUUAUUCAUUUUUCUUGAUUCAAAAAAAUAAAUAUUGAAGAAAAAAAACUUAAUCAAGAAAAAGAAUAUUAUCAACGUGUAACAGCAUAAACAAUUUAAAAGUAUUUGUCUAGUGUAUUAUGUGAUUAUUUUGUUCAAUGUACAAAUUAAAAAGUGUCAAACUAAGAAAAACUCGUCCUGAAAUUCCAUCUUCUUCGUUUUCGUUGUGAAAAAAUUGCAGUUUUUUUUUCUAAUUCGUUUUUCGUUCGAUCGUUUUUGUUCAUAGUUCUCUCGUUCCAAUACGUUUUUUUUUUUUUUUGAUUUGGUUUUUCUUCUCAAGACGACGUGUCAAGUGGUGGUGUUGGUUUGUUGGGGUUUCGGUGUGUGGAGGUGGCGAGUGGUGUGUGAACAACUGUGAAUCCAAUAUCAAAACAAUAGAGGGGUGACUAAUGGAUGGAUCCGAUGGAUCACCUCCUCAAUCACUGUGCAUGAUUCGAGCAGCCGAACUUUUUCCCAAACCACCAAUGGAGAAGGAAGAUGUACAACUGACAGUUCCCUUUACAGAACUUGCUGGUGAAUCGGUUAAAUAUCUCGGACGAACAGAUGAUGGGGUCUUGGCUUUGUCCAACUAUCGAAUAUUUUUGCUAAAAAAUUCAAUCAAUUCAGAAACAUCUGUACCAUUGGGACUAAUUGAAUCUGCACAACCACGUGACUUAUUUCACUUGGUUAUCAGUUGCAAAGAUGCAAGCACAGUUAAAUGUUCCUUUGAGACUGCCGAACAAUGUUCGGAAUGGCAGAGACGUAUCACGUUGUCUGUUGGGGUACCUGAAAGUCUGGAGUCAUUGUUUGCGUUUCCAUUUUGUACAUGGACCUGGGAUGGCAUGUCCUCGGGUGAGAAUUCGGAUUUUUCCGAAAGAUUACAACGUUCAGGACGAUAUGAGGAGGACUUUAGACGUGAGGUCGAACGGUUGCAGUUCGACUUAAAUGGUUCAUGGCGAAUCAGUCAUGCCAAUGAGGACUUCAAGUUAUGUCCUUCAUAUCCGCAGAAAAUAUUAGUUCCUUGUUGUAUAUCUGAUGAGACAUUGCACAAUGUGGCAAAUUUCCGUGGAUCACGACGUUUGCCAGCUGUUGUUUGGAGACAUAAAAAAUCUGGAGCUGUCAUUGCACGAUGUAGUCAGCCAGAAGUGGGUUGGCUUGGUUGGCGUAAUUCAAAGGAUGAGCAAUUGCUAAAGGCAUUGGCAGAAGCGUGUGCUUUUGACAGAGGCGAACAAGGACGUCGCCAGAAUUUGUGUCCCUCUGGAGACAGUACUCCGUCUAGUCCAGAUGGAAGCCACGAAGAAAUUACCCUAGACGAAGUCAGGAAAAUUCUUAUAGUUGAUGCAAGAAGUUAUACGUCUGCGGUAACCAAUCGAGCGAGAGGAGGUGGUUGCGAAUGCAUCGAGUACUACCCAUGUGCUGAAAUAGAGUUCAUGAACUUGAGUAACAUACAUGUGAUUAGAAAAAGUUUUCAGGCAUUGCGACUAUUGUGUGCGUCAACACCAGACGUGCCAAAUUGGCUUAGUUUGUUGGAGAAAACUAUGUGGUUGCAACAUCUUUCCGGUCUAUUGGCUGCUUCAGUUACAAUCUGUCAUGCGAUCGAAAAAAAAGGUCGCCCAGUUUUGGUUCACUGUUCAGAUGGUUGGGAUAGGACGCCACAGUUGGUAGCUACCGCACAAUUGUGUCUUGAUCCAUUUUACAGAACUGUUGAGGGAUUCCGAAUACUUGUUGAACGAGAAUGGCUUAGUUUUGGACAUAAGUUUGCCGAUCGUUGCGGACAUGGACCUGGAUCGGAUGAAUUAAAUGAACGAUGUCCGGUGUUUUUGCAGUGGUUGGAUUUGGUUCAUCAAAUCCAUAAACAGUUUCCUUGCUGUUUUGAAUUUAGCAUGGGCUAUUUGAUUAAACUCGCCCAGCACUCACUGUCUUGCCUUUUUGGUACAUUCUUUUGCAACACACUUAAGGAAAGGAUUGAAAAUUCGGUAUUUGAAAGAACUUUUUCUGUAUGGCCGUUUUUAUCGGGACCGAUGUACAGAAAUCCUUUGUAUGUUGCAAAUAAAGAAAAGGUUUUAUGGCCUGCACACAAUGUAAGAGACUUAUCAUUAUGGACUGAAGUGUAUUUAGCAAGUUUAGGUAAUCAAAAUGGAGUAGAUUUUCCGCCGUGCAACUCGGAUACAGUACAAGGCUUGGCAAGUCCAAUGGCAAAAACAAGAUCCUAUGGUGAUCUUAUUACAGCUGGGAUAAAUCAAAAUGGGAUUUCAAGGAGAUCAAGCGAUCCAAACAUGACUGUUGAACCUAGUUUGAUGAUAGUUAACAAUUCACAAACAAACUCAAUCAGCGACGUCCUAUCCGACCGCGAAGACUCACCGGAUAUUAUUGCAACUCUGAUUCACGACACAACUAAAAGGCUGCAACAUCUAACAAAUGAACUUAAUCAAAACGAUGACGAUAGUUUUAAGAUUACACCGGUAGAAACCGCUCGACGGAAAACCGAAACUUCUGACCUUUGCACUGAAAAACAACAAAUACUUAUAAAUGAGCACAAAAUGUUUGAUGACAUCACGAAAGAAUACAAUCUGACAUUGAAUGGUUUAAGUGGCGACAGUACCACUUCCGCUAACGGCACUAAUGGAAUUGAAAUUGCUAAUGAAAAUGGAACUAAUGGAACAAAGGAGACACAUGAGGAUGAUAGGGAGAUUAAUGAUACUGUUGAUGGUUUGAAGAGUACUCUUGACAUGAAUCCAGAUCUAAUGCAAAGUGUUGAUUUGGGAGUUUCAGACAACAGCAACUAUAAUCUUCUAACGCCAUCUGACAACACAACAGAUUUAAAUGACAUUCAAAACGCUUGGCAUGGUUCUGUAAACACCAGCACCGAUACUCUUGUGCCAAUGUCUGAAAUGCAACAUUCACCAAACAAUGGUUUAAUGCAAUGUGAUGAUAAAAAUGCAACAAAUGACAAAGAUUCAACGACAGAAAUAAGUCCAUUUAGUAACACAAACGGAGACACAGAAAACAACAGUGCAGAGCUUGUCAAUCGAACUGUUCAAAGAGAAGAGAAAAAACCAGUCGCAAAUGCAGCAAUUUUGCCAAAAGUUCAUAGCAAGCCAAAUUUGUCUAUGUUAAGUAGUAGUAGUUUAAAUAGCAAUUCAGUGAACCCAAUGGAAGAAAGUAUUCUCAUAUUGCCAGAACAUCCGAAACUCGAGAUAUCUAUCAGUGGAAAAUGCGAAACCGUUGUUAAUAACACAUCAUCAACAUCACAUAGGCGACGAAGAACACUCUCCUCCAACUCAAGGAAAGAGUUCGCAGUCAAUGGCAAAAACACAAAUGGAAGCUCUACCGUUUCAAGGUUUUCAACUCCUGGUGUACGUUCACUUCCUCUUACUCCACCUGGUAUGCCAGAACGACCACAAAUUGCAAUUUCCUGCCCAGAUGGUUUAGCCCAUGCGCUAAGCGAACAAAAUAUAAGACUUCAGCAAAUCGUUCACGAACAUAAAGUUCGUGAAGAUGCACUCCUACGAGAACUACACGGAAUGCGAAUGGCUCUCUUAAAGAAAAUCUGCCCUAGCUGCAACAGUGCUCCAGUUGUCAAUGACGAACAGGUAGAUGUGAUCAUGAAUCAAGAGAAUAAUUUAUUAAGCCUUUGCUACUGUUAUUCGUCUAGAAAUCAAAGAAGAUGUGAUUGUGAUGAUGGUGCUAUGUAUUGUGGAAGUAGAUCCAUAUCGCCGUGUUCUGUGCUAGACAAUGGUGAAAAUUUGUCAGUAUGUUCGUGGGAGGCUGUAGAAGACCGCAGUGGAGCCUCUUCGUGUGCCAGUUCUAUACAGCCGAUCAGUAGUGUACUUUGGGUUCCUGAUCAUGCGGUAUCUCGUUGCACCAGCUGCCAAACAGAGUUUUGGUUGGGUCGACGGAAACAUCAUUGCCGCUCAUGCGGACAGAUUUUUUGUGCUGAUUGUUCAGAGUUCUGGGCACCCUUACCCGAUGAGAAACUUUUUAGUGAUGUAAGAUUGUGUGGUCCAUGCUACCAUUCAGUGACAACACGAAUGCAGUUGCAGAACCGAUCUUUAAGUAACUUAUCGAGUAAUAAUCAGUACAUAAAUCAAAGCAGUAACAACAUCAGUACAUCAAAUUGUCCAUUAGAAGUCAAUUUAAACUCAUCAGCAACGUCCCCAUCACCUCUAAACAAUAAUCUUAAUAUUAACGUUAAUGUUACCUCAAGUGCAGCAUUGGAAGCCUGCAAACAUGCAGUAAAUCCACCCCGUAAUGAUCGGGGGCUUUUAAAAGCCACAACUGCUUCCAAUUAAACAAACAUACAAAAUAAAUAAAUUGCGAAACAACAAAGAAAACAAAUAAUAUACAAUAUUCAAACUCAAAAAAAGAAACUCCAUAAACACAAACAAAAAAGUAACAACAUUAAAAAAAAAAAUUCAAAUGAUCACUUUUCGACAAACA